GUCCUCCAGGUCAGCGGUAAACUAUCAGAAUCAACAUGGCGGCUUCACGGUUUUGUGGCUGACAAGAUCGAACUCCUCCCGCCAAAGUACCUGCGUCUAUCCGCUAUAAUUAGCCCAGUUAGCGGCUCUCAGUUAUGCCAAACAACGAUAUACCUUCAUCGGGAGCGAAUAAUGAGCGAAUGAACAAAAUGCGGUCGAAUAGCGCGAGGUCUAGGGGAGCUACCUCUGAUGACGGGGCGAGCGAUAUUCCACUUGUAGAGGAAGGAGAAUUUGAUUAUGAUGAUGAGGAGUGUUUAUCAGAAGGCUACGGAACUGCAAGCGAGGGGAACUCUAGGAAGACUAGAAAAAGACGGAAGAAGAAGGGAUGUUGUUCUAGAUGCUGGUUGUUCUGUUGCUGUGGCGGAUGGAAGACCUCUUGUGCCAGCUGUUUUGAAAGCAUAAGGAAUAAGCUCCAAGGACACCAUGAAAUGAAGGCUCGCACAGUAGUCUUGGGACGUGAGUCCUCGACUCAGCAUUUUCCAGCAAAUGUAAUUAGGAAUCAGAAAUAUAGUGUAAUAUCAUUUAUACCACUGGUACUUUUUCACCAAUUCAAAUUUUUCCUCAAUCUGUAUUUUCUAAUGGUGGCACUGUCCCAGUUCGUGCCGGCUCUCAAAAUCGGUUAUCUGUACACCUACUGGGGACCUCUGGGAUUCGUCUUGACUGUGACGAUGUGUAGAGAAGCAUAUGAUGACUUUAUUAGAUAUAGACGGGACAAGGAAGUGAAUUCAAAAGUGUAUCACAAGCUUACAAAGAAUGGCAUAGUCACUGUCCCAAGUUCAGAAAUCAAAGUAUCUGAUCUCAUCUUUGUUGAGAAGAACCAGAGAGUUCCUGCAGAUAUGGUGUUUCUGAGAACUUCAGAGAAAAACGGGGCCUGUUUUCUCCGAACAGACCAGCUUGAUGGUGAAACGGACUGGAAACUACGUCUGACAGUCACACCCUGUCAGCGCUUACCUUCAGAUGAGGACUUGCUGAAUAUCAGUGCCUCAGUCUACGCCGAAAAGCCGCAAAAGGACAUCCAUAAUUUCAUUGGGACGUUUACUAGGUACGAUGGAGAGAGGACAGAAACCCCUCUAAGCGCGGAAAACACCUUGUGGUCCAACACGGUUGUGGCGUCAGGAACUGCUCUUGGGGUUGUCGUCUACACUGGAAGGGAAACAAGGAGUGUCAUGAACACCUCCAACCCUGGAACUAAGAUCGGUCUGAUUGAUAUUGAGCUAAACAACUUGACUAAAGUCCUGUUUCUUGCCACCCUCUCAUUGUCACUCGUUCUAAUCGGUCUCAAGGGAUUUAGAGGUCCCUGGUACCGCUACUUUUUCCGAUUCGUUCUUCUUUUCUCGUACAUUAUUCCACUGAGUCUUCGUGUAAGCCUUGACAUGGGCAAGGUUGUGUACUCUUGGAUGAUCGCUCAUGAUAAGGAUAUCCCCGGUACCGUUGUACGGAGCAGCACCAUCCCUGAGGAACUAGGCCGCAUUGGCUACCUUCUGACAGACAAGACAGGCACACUGACACAGAAUGAAAUGGUAUUCAAACGUCUUCAUCUUGGGACCGUCUCAUUCGGAACAGAUUCUAUGGAAGAGGUAAAAACUCAUCUCAAGUCAUCUUAUGCAGUGGGGAGCAGCACGGCAUCACGAAAGGCCGCCGCAAGCAUCGCGAAGGUACGACGCACGGUUGUAACGCGAGUGCACGAAGCGGUCAAGGCACUUGCGUUAUGUCACAAUGUCACGCCAGUCACGGACGACACGGAUCGCUCGCGCCAGGACUCCGUGGCCAGUGAAGACAGCGGUGCAGAGAUCUUCAGUGGUCAAGGCGAUGUGGAAAGACCAGCAAGAAAGGAUGUCGUGUAUCAAGCGUCUAGUCCUGACGAGGUUGCCUUGGUAUCAUGGACCGAGGAAGUCGGUUUGACACUUGUUCAUCGUGACCUAUCGAGCAUGCGCAUACAAACACCCGCUGGCCAGACCUUGGUCUUCAGUAUUCUCCAGAUUUUCCCGUUCACAUCCGAGACCAAGCGAAUGGGGAUUAUAGUUAAGGAUACGAGCAGUGGUGAAAUAACGUUUUACAUGAAGGGCGCAGAUGUUGUAAUGAGCACCAUCGUCCAAUACAACGAUUGGCUCGAGGAAGAGUGUGGUAACAUGGCAAGAGAGGGUCUGCGGACGUUAGUGGUCGCCAAGAAAGUGCUAACGGAAGAGCAAUACCUAGAUUUCGAGCACCGUUACAACCAAGCCAAACUGAGCAUUUCAGAGCGUGCCGCGAAGGUAAAUGCGGUCCAAGAGAGUCUUGAACACGACAUGGAGUUACUUUGUCUGACAGGGGUAGAAGAUAAGCUGCAGGCAGAUGUUCGACCAACACUUGAACUUCUCAGAAAUGCGGGUAUUAAGAUUUGGAUGUUGACUGGUGAUAAACUUGAGACCGCCACGUGUAUUGCACAGAGUUCCCGGCUCGUUUCACGAAACCAGACUAUCUACACUUUCAAACAGGUGGCAAAUCGAAGCGAGGCUCAUCUUGAAAUCAACUCGUUUCGACGAAAGCAUGACUGUGCACUGAUCAUCAAGGGAGACUCCUUAGAGGUUUGCCUUCAUCAUUACGAGCAAGAGUUCAUGGAGCUUGCAUGUCGCUGUCCUGCAGUGGUCUGUUGCCGUUGCUCACCUCAGCAGAAAGCAGACAUCGUACGACUCGUCCAGCGGCAUACAGGAAAGCGCGCAGGCGCUAUAGGUGAUGGCGGAAAUGACGUCAGCAUGAUCCAAGCCGCAAACGCCGGUAUUGGAAUCGAAGGAAAGGAGGGAAGGCAGGCGUCACUCGCUGCAGAUUUCUCCAUCACGCAGUUUAAAAACAUUGGACGCCUACUUGUUUGGCAUGGCAGGAACAGCUACAAGCGCUCGGCUUCCCUGAGUCAGUUUGUUAUUCAUCGCGGCCUUAUUAUCUCUGUCAUGCAGGCGGUGUUCUCUUGCGUGUUCUACUUUGCUUCCGUUUCCCUAUAUCAGGGAUUCCUUAUGGUUGGAUAUGCGACCGUGUAUACCAUGUUCCCUGUAUUUUCUCUUGUUCUGGACGUGGAUGUAUCAGCAGACAAAGCACUUCUUUACCCGGAACUCUACAAAGACUUAACAAAGGGCCGGUCCUUAUCAUACAAAACUUUCUUUGUUUGGGUUCUUGUCUCAAUCUAUCAAGGUACCAUCAUCAUGUUUGGUGGUCUGCUGUUGUUCGAUGCUGAGUUCAUCCAUGUGGUAUCCAUCACCUUCACCUCGCUUAUCCUGACCGAGCUGCUAAUGGUCGCUCUCACUGUACGCACUUGGCACUGGAUGAUGGUCGUGGCGGAGCUUCUAAGUCUCGGCAUCUAUAUCGGCUCUCUCGCACUCUUGCACGAUUACUUUGACGAAUCCUUUCUGAUAUCCACGGACUUCAUAUGGAAGGUCAUAGUGAUUACCCUUAUCAGCUGCCUUCCGCUCUACAUACUCAAGUACCUCAGGCGCAAAUACGCCCCGCCUAGCUACUCGAAACUCACGUGAGAACCGCACGGCGCUGAUAGCGUAAGGAGAUCACUCACGUGAGAACCGCACGGCGCUGAUAGCGUAAGGAUAUAUCUUUGCAACUGCAAGCAGUACAUAGUAUAGACAGGCCGUUUAACCAUUGGCCUUUGUGGGGACUUUCUAAAGAUGGGUUGAAGUUCUUUCCAUUAUAUUUUACGGCCCAAGAAAGGGUUUGCUAUGCCCUCGAGGAGGGUUGGGAGUACAAUGCGCAGGUAGAGCAAUGAUUUGAAAUUAGGAAUUGAAAUUGUAGACAUUAGUUGCGGUUUAUUUCCCACACACUGACCCACUCGAGAUAGCCUGCUUGCAGGCGUUUACCCGGUGUUUUUUUUCGCUAUGUUUACCCGGUGUUUUCGCUAUGCGCCGAGUCGUGGCCGCCAUCUUGUUUUGUUCAGGCCGCGUGAAAGCUGGAACGAGUUCGUCACGUUAUGUCACUCGCGCCAAGCUAGCGCGGCCAAAAACAAGAUGGCGACCACGACUAAACGCAUAGCGAAAAAAACACCGGGUAAACGCCUGCAAGCAGGCUACACUCGAGAAAUCAUGUGUAACCUGCAAUGCGUUAUGGGUAUCAAUAUGAUACAAACUAAAUCGAAUCUCUGUUUCGAGAAAACUGAUAUAGUUAUUAUGAUAAGUGUUUCUUUAGAAAUUUUGCAUUUGUUAACCAUCCAUCUUAAAAUUUACUAAAUGAGGUAAUCAAAAUGCGUCCAAAAAUGAGUUUAUGAGGUUUUUUUAGACCUUAAAGUUUUGUGAGUGGAGAUAUUCCUUCUCUGAAAUUACCCCAACCUCGCUGAAGAUAAUAGGCAGCCAUUCAAAGAAAACUUUUUAGGUGAGGUAUUUAUUGGCGCGAAUCUUUCUUUAUGUGUAAUGGAUAUUUAUAAGUAAUGGGAGAACAUUUUUUUAUUCAAAUUCACGUCUUUCAGUAUUUGUAAGCCUUGUGCAGUAAUCAAGAGUUGGACAUGCAGGGUUAAUAUAUGAGCUAGAUACUAGCUUCAAGGUAGUUUAAACAACUCUCGGAUUUAUAGAAAAUAGAUACUUUAAACGGUACAAGAACAUAAACUUAUAUAUGCUCUGUUGGUGGUACGUUUUCGUAAUAAAAUAAUCAGACAAAGUGAAAUGUUAACUUUUAGAAUAACGUACCUCAUAACGUUGAUGGUGCAUGGAAGCGGUAAAAAAAACUGUCUUCCGUAUUUAGAAAGACAGAGAUAUAGAGUUAAACCAGCCUAUAUACAAUUUUUGUAUUGUUCAUAAAAGAAAAAAAAACUUAAUAAAAAUAUAAACAUUGGGA